ACAGUCCGUAGGGCGAAUGACUACAAAGAUGACUGCUUUCCCUUCAUCAGGCAAGCUUUUAUUACCCUACCCGCACAGCAGCACCAAGCUUUCCUACUUCCCCUAGUGGCCACACGUCAAGCCUUCACUCUUCGAGCAAGCCAAGUCCAAGAUGCGGAACCCUUUCUCGAAGCCAAAGGCCGACAAGCAAGCGGAGGAACCCGUGCCUACUGCCCCUGUUGUCGAGGCCACUGUAGCCGUUACUGAUACAUCGACCGGCAAACCUGAGGACGUCACGACGACCAAAUCGAAUAGUCUGGCAUCUAGUGGAUCAGAUGUUGCGAAGUCUGAACUCGAGGAUGGCUCAGUCGGAGCUGAGAAGGUGGCCGCUCAUGGCCCGCCUGGCGAGCAACCCGAAGGCGACUUUCCGCCGUUUCGACAACAGCUGCUUAUUAUGAGUGCGCUGUUGAUGUCUGUCUUUCUAAUUGCGAUUGACCAAACCAUCGUGGCGACGGCCAUCCCUCGCAUGACCGACGAGUUUCACUCCUUGGACGAUGUUGGAUGGUAUGGCUCCGCUUUCAUGCUGACGGCGAGUUGCUUCCAACUACUGUUUGGUCGGAUCUACACGUUCUACACGCCCAAGUAUGUCUUCAUGCUCUUGAUCCUCGUCUUCGAGAUUGGCUCGGCGAUCUGUGGCGCGGCGCCUAAUUCGACAACUUUCAUCGUCGGUCGUGCUGUCGCUGGCACCGGUGUUGCUGGCAUAAUGAACGGCGCCAUUAUCCUGAUGCUGAGCACUCUGCCGCUGGCGAAACGACCUAUGUGGAUGGGCCUAUUCGGUGCAGUGUUUGGCGUGGCUUCCGUCGUAGGACCUCUUGUUGGCGGAGCGUUCACGACCGAUGUUACGUGGCGGUGGUGCUUCUACAUCAACCUACCCAUCGGCGCAGUCGCUAUCGUAGUGGUCCUUUUCCUGAUCAAGCCGUCACCAGCAGUGCAAUCUGGCCUCUCAAUCCGCCAACAACUCGCCAAACUCGACAUCGUCGGACAGAUCUGCCUCUUGCCUUGCAUCGUAUGCCUACUGAUCGCUCUACAAUGGGGCGGCUCGGUUUAUGAAUACAGCAACUGGCGAAUGAUCAUCCUGUACCUCUUCUUCGGACUUCUUCUGGUCGGCUUCGUGCUCGUCCAAAUUUUCAUGCAGAACGUAGCGACCAUCCCAGCACGCGUCAUCCGCAACCGGAGCAUGAUCUUCGGCAUGCUGCACACCUUCUGCGUCUCGGCAUGCAUGUUGAGCUUGACCUACUUCCUCCCAAUCUGGUUCCAGGCUAUCAAGGGCACGUCAGCCGUCCGAUCCGGCAUAGACACCAUCCCACUAGUCUUGAGCUUGGUCGUCGGCAACAUCAUGGCUGGCCAAAUCGUGGGCAGAAUCGGUUACUACACCGCCAUGGCAUGGGCAUCCGCCGUCGUGGUGCCGAUUGGAGCCGGCCUUCUCAACACCCUGAACGUGAACACACGCUCGCCCACCUGGAUAGGCUACCAGAUCCUCGUCGGCUUCGGCAUAGGCCUGGGCAUGCAACAGGGCACCAUGGCCGCCCAGACCGUCCUCCCGCCCAAAGACGUACCCCUCGGCGUCUCCCUCAUGAUGUUCAUGCGCCAAUUCUCCGGCGCCAUCUUCGUCUCCGUCAGCCAGAACGUCUUCGACACGCAGUUGGUCUCUCAGCUGACCAAAUUCGACACGGGACUCAGCUCGCAAGAAAUCAUCAACACCGGCGCUACCAAUAUUCGGGGUGUAGUUCCCGCUGCACAGCUUCCGGAGCUGCUUCAGGUGUACAACCUAGCUAUCCGGAAGGUGUUCCAGGUGGCGUUGAUUGUCGCGUGCAUUUCGGUUAUCGGCGCUCUGGGGAUGGAGUGGAAGAGUUUGAAGGACAAGAAUGCGCUGGGUGCCGGUGGUGAUGGGAAGAAGACUACAAGCAAGCCUUCUACUCCGGAUGAGAAGGUUUGAGAGUUUUUGGAUUUGAUUCAUUGGAGCGUUGUACUGUUUUGCAUAGCGAAGGAUACCCAGCUCUCUGGAGGCAGGCAUACAAGCGUUGGUGUCAAGCAG